ACUAAGGUUGAUAAAAAUUUCAGGACUGAAAAUUAUGAAGAAGAGAUUGAAAUAUUCACUACAAUCAUGCAAGAGAAGAUAUCAAGUUUCAAUGCAAAUUUAGCUAUAAAAUUAACACCCACAGAAACAAACAAAAAUAAUGCUGAAGAAACUACUGAAAAGAAAGAGUCCUCAAAGUCUGAACGUUUCUCCAGCGAUCUGAAAUUUUCAUAUUUCAAAAAUGAAACUUAUAAACGAUUGUGGUCAUAUUCUUCAAGUAAGGGAAAACAGUUUCUGUAUGUGAAAGGAGUUGUUCAGCUGGGAAAAUUUUUGAUGAGAAAUCGCAAUGUUGUGUUGACACAAACUUUCCUGGAUGAUAUAGAAGCUCUGCCAACCACCUAUGCAAAGGGAGAAUACUUCGGGUUUCUGGAAACUUAUGGAACCCACUAUAGUAGCUCAGGGGCUGUUGGAGGACUCUAUGAACUAGUGUAUGUUUUGGAUAAAGCCUCCAUGAAAGAGAAAGGUAUUGAAGUAAGUGAUAUAAAAAGAUGUCUUGGGUACAGUCUGGAUGUAUCUCUCAGUAUUCCUGGAGUCUCUGAUGGCCUUGAAGUCAAAGGAGCAGUUAACAAGAAUGAUUGUGUGAAGAGGGGUGAGGGUAGAAUCGUAAAUAUCACCCGUGAGAACUUCAUUGAUGAUGUGAUUUCCCUCAUAAGAGGAGGAACCGGAAAAUACGCAUUCGAACUGAAGCAAAAGCUUCUCAAAGGAGCCAAGGUCAUUGACGUGACUGACUUUGUAAACUGGGCCUCUUCCUUAAGUGAUGCUCCCGUGCUCAUCAGUCAAAAACUAUCUCCUAUAUAUAAUCUGGUUCCUGUGAAUAUAAAAGAUGCACAUAUGAAGAAACAAAAUUUGGAAAGAGCCAUUGGAGACUAUGUUGAUGAAUUCAGUCCAACAAAAUGCUCCCCAUGCCAAAAUGGAGGCACUGUGAUCCUGCUAGACGGAGAGUGCGUGUGUUCCUGCCCACCCGCCUUCAAGGGGCUUGCCUGUGAAAUCAAGAAGCAUCAACUGUCUUAA